AUGCAGCCUUUCCAUGUCACUUCCAUAAUCUCAACAACAGGAAGCCUGUGUUUGCUACUAUUCCAGAUGGUGCUCUCGGAUCUACCAUGUGAAGAAAAUGAAAUGUGUAUAAAUUAUAAUGAUCAACACCCUAAUGGCAGGUAUGUCUGGUUGGUACUGCUGAUUUUCUCAGUUGCUCUCCUCUGUGGAGGUGUGUUCUUCUGUUUCCAGUGCUGGCUAAAAAGGUGGAGAAUUCAUACUCCCAGACGCACCAUGGCUGUUUUUGCUGUUGGAGACUUGGACCCCAUUUAUGCUGCCCUGGAAAGCGGGAGUCCAGCAACCAGAAUUCACCUUCCAAGUCAAAACCCCGAACAGUACCCAGCUCCAUGUUUUGGUGCAUUAGGUCCUCCACCUCCAUAUGAAGAAAUUUUAAGAACAAGCCAAUUUUAG